AUGGAUGAAAGUUGGUACCAAGAUUUGAUGCAAUUAGAAUCAUGGAGUGAUCGUAAAAAGCUUGUCCAAGUUUUAAAAACCAUUCAACCACAAAUGUAUAACUCACGAUUAGAAAUUGCUUUUGAUUCUAAUUUCACUUCGGAGCAUGGAUCAUCACUUGAAGAAUUGUUGUCCUCAUUAAAUUUGGAUUAUUGUAAACAAUACUCAACAACAAUUGGUAAUAUAAAUUGGAAUGAUCUUUGGAGUUGUAAUUUAAUUCUCUAUUCAGGAAAUAUUACACAUUUAAAAAACUAUACAAAAGAAAUGGUAGUUAGCCUUGUAAAUCCAUCAAACGAAGCCCUGGUUAUUGGAGGAGGUUUAGCUUCAGUAAUAUUUCAAUGUUGUGGAAGGUGUGAAAUGGAAAAUAGUCUUGCUGAUCCCUCUCAAUGGAAAUAUAAAUCAUUUGAAGUAAAUGAAAAGGAAAUUCAUUGUCCUGUGGGAGAAAUACUUGUUACAAGCUCUUUCAAAAUGCAGGAAUCAAAUGGCUUUAACUAUAUAAUUCACACCUCUGGACCUAGAGGAUCACAGAAAUAUGGUGAUGCUACCAAUAGCUUACUUCUUGCAAAUUGUUAUAGAAAUAGUUUGAGAUUUUUCAUUGAUAAUGCACGUAAUACUAAAGCAUCCACACUAAUUCUACCGUGUAUCUCAACAGGCAAGUUCGGUUAUCCCAAAAUAGAAGCAAGUGCUAUUGCUCUUGGUACUGUAAGGUGA